AUGCCGCACACGGGCUUCGUAUUCCUCACGGACUUAGUGCAGGAAUCGCCGCCCGAUCUGCGCCGCAAAGCCGCCCGACUCGUGGCCAACAAGUGUACGAUCGCCUCGCGUGUCGACGCCUCGCACGCCGCCAGCGACGGCUCCAUUGGACGGCAGUUUCGCGAGAAAAUCGAGCGCCAACUCGACAAACUCCAGGAGCCGCCGCCCGUCAAGCAAAUCAAGGCACUCGUGACACCCAUAGAUCAGCCCCAGAAGAAGAGGGGCGGCAAACGGAUCCGCAAACUCAAGGAGCGGCUGGUGAUCACUGACCUCCGCAAACAGGCCAACCGUAUGACGUUCGGCGACAUCGAGGACGACGCCUAUCAGGAGGACCUGGGCUUCACGACGGGACAGAUGGGCCGGUCGGGCACCGGUAAGAUACGGGCGCCCACUGUCGACGAGAAGACCAAAGUGCGGAUCUCCAAGACGUUGCAUAAGAACCUACAGCGCCAGCAGCAGACGUACGGCGGCAGCACUACCGUCAAGCGGCAGGUGUCCGGUACGGCCUCAUCCGUGGCGUUCACACCGCUGCAGGGCCUGGAGAUUGUGAACCCGCAGGCGGCCGAGACCCGGGUGAAUGAGGCCAACGCCAAGUACUUCUCGAACACCAGUGGGUUCUUCAGCGUUCGCCCCAAAUGA